AUGGCGGAACCGGCCGUGACAUUACGGGGCCCUGCGAGGCAGUCGGAGACGGAGGUGCUAGCAGCGAAGGAAGCGGAGACGGCCAUGGAACGGCAUCAGAAGCUAACUGCAGGUGGGAGACGACGGCCGCGGCGGGAGGAUUGGGAGGAGAGAGAAUGUAUAAAGGUCCCCAGAGACAUGGAUGAUGCUAAAGCCUUGGGAAAAGUGCUCUCUAAAUAUAAGGAUACCUUCUAUGUACAAGUACUAGUAGCCUAUUUUGCUACCUAUGUUUUCCUACAGACGUUUGCUAUUCCUGGGUCUAUAUUUCUGAGUAUACUCUCGGGAUUUCUCUAUCCAUUCCCCCUAGCUCUGUUUCUUGUCUGCUUGUGCUCUGGACUUGGGGCUUCUUUCUGUUAUAUGUUGUCCUAUUUAGUUGGGAGACCAGUCGUAUAUAGAUAUCUGACAGAAAAAGCAGUAAAAUGGUCAAAACAGGUCGAACGGCACAGAGAACACCUCAUUAACUACAUAAUAUUUUUGAGAAUAACGCCUUUCCUUCCUAAUUGGUUUAUCAAUAUAACCUCUCCUGUAAUAAACGUGCCAUUGAAAGUAUUUUUCAUUGGUACUUUCCUUGGUGUCGCACCGCCAUCCUUUGUAGCAAUUAAAGCUGGCACAACACUUUACCAGCUAACAACAGCAGGUGAAGCUGUUUCUUGGAACUCUGUUUUUGUUCUCAUGAUUCUAGCUAUUCUCUCUAUUCUGCCAGCUGUCUUCCAGAAGAAACUUAAAGAAAAAUUCGAAUGAGGGCCAGCCUGGAUCUUCCUUCCCAUAUUUCAUCUCAGGAUCAGCACUAUUUGUAUGAUCACUUUUAUAUUGGAUCUUUAGCAAUUAAAAAAAGGAGAUGACUGUAAGAGAAACAUAUUUCUGAACUUCUUGCUCAGUUUUAUUUAUGGGGCACAACGGUGAAGUAAUAGCGGUUGGAAUAAAAGUGAGUAAAGGUAUUUAAAAAAAACAUGAGAAGCAUUGUUUUAACUAAUCUGUAAUAUUUAAUCUGAAUGAUAUGUGUUUGUGUGUAUACACACAGACACACACACGCACACACAUACAUGCCUUAUGUGAUGAUUGUGUGUGACUUGAUGACUUAAUGUGAAUAAUUCAUUCCUGUUCCCCCUUUUCUGUUCAUUUCUUCAUUAUUUAUAAGUCCUGAAUAAUAAUAAUACUUCCAAUUUAUUGAUCGCUCUU